UCUCAAGGUCACUUCGGCGUCGCCGAAAGGUCCUUCAUAAAUUACAGGGUCACCUCGUCACCGCCUAAACUGAUACCAAGUUCCCCUCUAUUUUCACCAUUCCUGUGUUCGUGGAUGUUCUUUUGCAUUAUAUCAUGCUUCAUAUAAACGACGGAAUAUAACAUUACUUAAAUGAAUACAGAUACUCCAUUGGAGUCGAUAAUCAGACAUUCUAGUAUCCAAUCAACGUCAAAUAGACAUCCACUACUCUGGGAUCCCGUACUAAUUGGAUGUGGGAUUACGACUGUUACUUCAUGCUACAUUUUUUGGUCAUUCAUCUCUCCUGCAUUUCGGAGAAUUUGUUUACCAUUCUUACCUGCUACGUCGACUCAGCUAGAUAAUACGUACAAGCUUCUGGAGUAUGCGCAAAGUCAAAAAAGUGAUAAGUCAUUAGGAUCCAUAAUUGAUCUAGGCAGCGGUGAUGGACGUGUGUUAAUUGAUUUAAUAAGUCGGCCAACAUUGAAAAUCACUUCUGCUCAUGGUGUAGAGUUAAAUCGUCCGCUUGUUUGGUAUUCACGUAUCAACUCCUUUUGUAGUAAUAAAGUACUCACUACACCCAAAGUAACUUUCGCUUGUAAAAAUAUGUGGAAAACUAAUCUUUCUGUAUAUGAUACAGUUUUACUGUUUGGUGUAGAUUCAAUGAUUGUUAUUGGCAAUAAAACCAUUUAGAAUAUCAUUGACACAAACUGCUUCUGUUUUAGUGCCCGUGCAGUAUCCCUGCCAUCACACAAAUCGUUUGAUUUGUGUGGCGCAUAUAUAUUUGGUGCCUUCUUGUAUCAGUGUUUGUGUGUUUAAAUAAAUAAUAAAUAGAUAUACAAAAAUGGCUGUGGAAUUAAGAGAAAGAAUCGGUUUUGAUUUUGCUACUUAUUCUUUUUUUCCUCACUACAUUUAGAAUUAUUAAUAGGUGUUUACUCAUUCAGUGCAGAUGUGUAUAUUGUGGUCGUUUUCAUGAAAUAAUCUAUAUGUACAUCAUUGUUUAUAAAAGACUCAAAAAACCCACUAAUUAUGUGCAAAAUAGGUAUAAACGUAUUUCCAUGUUACUACCAAACCUAGAAUCGUCGGGCUAUAGCUGGUAUUAUAGAUUUUAUUUUAUGCAAACUAUUCUCUUUAAGCGAUAUGUUUUACCCCCAUCAUAAACCAUUCUGCUCUCAGUACAAGCUACAAUGCUUUCAGAGAGUUCGUCAUUGCACUUAAGUCGUUACUACAUAAAUGUAGAGAAGUAAUUUCAUAUUGGUGGGUUUUUCAAAAUACUUAUAGUUUUGUAUUAGUGACAAUGUCUGUGUUAAGUAUUAUUUGUUUAGUAUAAUACGAGAUUUUCAGUAUAAUUAGAACGGUCACUUAGUCAAAUGAUUGUUUAUAUUUUUCUAUUAUGAGUUAGUGUAUGAUAGUUGUCUUAUUCAUAAUACUAUUCCGGAUCUUGAAAACGUUAAAUACUCGC